AUGGGACGGACACUUACCUAUCCCAAGCGGAUAUCCAAUACCGCCAACAGAUACAAGCAUCGCGCCACCUAUGACCUGGGGCCCAUUCACUCCAUCAUCAACAACUCGCAAGUCCUCCAUGUCUCCUUCAAUCCAGGGCCCGAGGACCCCUUCCCGGCCAUCCUUCCCAUGAUCGGCCAGAUGGGUUCCUACGAGUUCCCAUCUGCAAGCAUCGACGAGCCACUGGACUGCUAUCUCCAUGGCUACGUCAGCUCUCGCAUCAUGAAUUUGGCCCGUAACACCGAGGGUGAUGGUUUGCCCAUCUGCGUUGCUGCAAGCAAAAUCGACGGCCUGAUUUUGUCUCUUACCCCCAACUCGCACAGCUACAAUUACCGCUCGGCAAUCCUGCACGGAUAUGCCAAAUUAGUCACCGAUGAAGACGAGAAAUUGUGGGCAAUGAAGCUCAUCACCAACUCCGUCCUCACCCACCGCUGGGAUAACACGCGAGUGCCACCAGACCGUGCAGAGAUGCAGUCAACCGUCAUUCUCAAGGUCAAAGUUGUGGAUGGCAGUGGCAAGAUCCGCGAUGGUGGUGUCUCGGAUGAGCGCAAAGACUAUGGCAACGAGGAGAUCACGAAUCGCAUCUGGACGGGCGUGGUUCCCGUCUGGGAGACAUUUGGACAGCCCGUUGCCAGUGGUGAUGGCAAGCUAGGCGAGGUUCCAGAGCACAUCACCUCAUUCAUUGCGACGAAGAAUGCGGAGAAUCGCUCUUUGGCAGAGUCGGCGAUCAAAGUGACUCUGCCUGCCGAGGAGCAGCAUUGA